GGAUUUGUGGACAUGUAGUUAUACAUUAUGUGUCUGUGUCUGUGUGUUCAGACUUUACGUACUUAUGUAGUACGUAAAGGGGACGUUAACUUUGUCCUGUUUAAUUAUCCGUUAAGAAUAAAGAAAAGUUAAAAACCUACUAUCAUUUUUCGAUUUUAGUCAUUAUAACAGAUGAGCACGUUGGACAUAUCCUUCCGCACCUCCCCCUGCUGAGUCUGGAUGGGUGUGGAAACAGGAAACUUCUUCCUAGGGCACUUUUACUUUCUUUACUUGAACAGGCAUUGAGGUAAAAACUGUCAAGUGGAUAUCGAGGAGCCUCACUGACGUGACCUAAUAACAACGUGGGUGCAGCAAGUCAAGAGAGAUCUGUCACUGACUUCUACAGAAGAUGACAGCAAGACGUCUCCAACACCUCCAGGGACUGAAGACACUUGCACUACACACAUCGGAAUCAAAUCCAUUUGGUCAGACUGUUUAGUCUUCUUCGGGGGUUUCAUCAGACUCACCCAAUUUCAGAAUGGCCCUGCUCAUCCAUAUACUGGCCUGUGCCUUUGGUCUGGGCUCUUGGGUGGCAGUAAAUGGCCUGUGGGUGGAACUACCACUCAUCGUCAAUACUCUCCCCGAGGGCUGGGAUCUCCCCUCAUACCUGACUGUCAUCAUCCAACUGGCCAACGUGGGACCUCUGCUGGUCACUCUCAUGCAUAAACUGUGCCCGGGUCGUCUAAAAGAGAAUGUUGUCAUUUACACUAUCCUCUCCAUUGGUAUCCUGGCCUGCAUCUUGCUGGUCUUCUUCUGGCACAAGACUACGAUUGUGGCCGGGGGAACAUAUAGCACUGCCUUUUUCAUCCUUACCUUCUUUCUGUCGUUGGUCGAUUGCACCUCUUCAGUCACCUUCCUGCCUUUCAUGAUGCAUCUCCCAGCCAACUACAUCACAACGUUUUAUAUCGGGGAAGGGUUAAGUGGUUUAGUUCCUGGCAUCAUUGCUCUGGCACAAGGCGUGGGCAUCGCCAAGUGUGUCAACUCCUCUCAGACUGUGGCAAAUAACACGGGCGAGGAUGUGUGGUUCUUACAAACAGAGUAUCUCUCUCCAAACUUUUCCACAGAGGUAUUUUUUGUCUUCCUAACGGUCAUGAUGUGCAUAAGCCUGGCUGCAUUUGUCGCAUUGAACAGGCUCCCCCGAACAGCCGAGCCGUCCACUGAAAAUCUUGUGCCAGACACUGGGGCGUCUGUCAGCUCUGGCCUGGAUAACCCUGGAGUGGAGGCUGAAGGAGAGGCUGUGAAAGGCCAGAGUGAGGGUGCAGCUCAGAGCAGGCCUCUGCUGGAUGGUCCAGAACACUCCUUGUACCAGAUGAUCUUCAUCUAUCUUAUGGUGGUGUGGAUUAAUGCCGCCACCAACGGCCUGCUGCCGUCUGUGCAGACAUACUCCUGUAUGCCCUAUGGGAACCUUGCCUUUCACCUCUCUGCUGCUUUGGCUUCAGUGGCUAACCCAAUGGCAUGCACCAUUGCAACAUUCUUCCAAAACAGGUCACUGGUGUUCCUUGGUUUACUGACAACAUUAGGGACAGGAUUUGGCAGCUAUAACAUGGCUAUGGCAGCUAUGAGUCCAUGUCCAUUGCUUCAGGGGACUGUGAUCGGAGAGGUGGUCAUUGUGCUUUCAUGGCUCCUCUUCACUGGAACACUGUCUUACGUCAAAGUAAUGGUGGGCGUCAUUCUGAGAGACCGGAGCCACAGUGCCCUGGUUUGGUGUGGAGCCGUAACACAGAUGGGCUCUCUCGUCGGCUCACUCACCAUGUUUCCACUGGUAAAUGUUUACCGGCUCUUUAAGCCGGGAGACUUUUGUAACACUUACUGUCCUUAAUGGCUUUUUAAUCUGGGAACCACGGCACUGGAAGGCACCUGGAGACGCACGCAAAUCAUGCCAUUGUUCUUAUUUAGGUGGUUGCCAAGAGUUUACUGAAACGACUGACACAGUUCUCAUGGGGGGGCGAUGAAGGGGCCAGUGAAUUUAGCUUAGUAGCAGAACGACUAGAGAGCAGCACAUGCUGCCAUGUAUUUUUUCCCAUCCCCUCUCACACCUAUUAAAAUCCGCCUGUCAACACCACUUAAACUUGUACUUUCUCUGUUUAAUCUGAUUACAAACUAAAACACAUAAAAAACUGCUUGUGAAAUAAGUAACAUGUUAACUUGUGCUUUUAUGAGGAGUAGUUUUCCUAUAACAUAUAUUAUGUUAUGUGUAUUAAGUAAUGAUUUUUAUAUUUUACAUAUUUUUGCAGAUUUAACUUCCUAAACCGUGUUUGCACUUAAUUAAUGUCUAAGUUUAUUAAAUAUAGUAAAUUCAUUUUUCAUAUUUGCCUUUGCCUCUUGUGCUUUGCAGCGUCCAUGAAACUAUUUCAGUUCAUUGUCCACUAGGUGGCCCCAGCACACUUCUAACAUCAGUUUUUCCCCACACUGCAGAAGCCACCACCAAUCCUGGCCCAUAAAAUAUGUGUAUUCUGCCUUCAUGUGAAAAUUAAAUAAAAUACAAAUGAUGACGUUUAAA